AUGUCUUUAAUUCAGGAAAUCAAAUCAAAGGUUUUUAGAGAGGAAGACUGAAGAGUAACGAUCUAAUCCACAAUCUAACUUCUAAUACACAAGCAGAAUCAGGAAUUCGGGAAAACAUUUUCAGUCGAUCAGUGAUCCGAGAAAUUUUUAAAUCUGUACUACUGCAAUUCGUUUUAUAGUGCAAAUGAGCUGAUCUAAAACCUUAUUUAUUCCCAUCUUAAAUUUAUGAUGCUUUAAAAAGAUGUUACCCAGACCAAGAGAUCAUAAUCUCUUGGCUAGAAAUAAGGCAUCAUGUUAAUUAAAGAAUCAGUGUAACUGUGCGCAUGCUCUCCCUAGCAAUGUUGUCAUGCGUUGAGGGGGCGGAGGGGAGGAAGAGGGGGGUGUGUGAUACAAUUUAAAAAAUUAACAACGGUAAGAAGCACAAGCCAAAAAACAAUACAAGGUAAUUAAGACAACGAAGACUGACAAGAUUCAAAGACACAAACAAAAAUAAAACAAUGCAAAAAUUAAAAUUGGGUCAUCGAAAAUUUCUUAAAGAUAUCGACCGAGACUUGUGCAGUAACCAUUCUUUAGGGACCGGUCAUUAUUUUAUUUAGGGAGGGGGUGGAGGGUUGGAAGUUUUUGGGGGAACCCAUGGUUUCCAGUGGGAACUUUUAGGGGAUCAGUCGUUGCUAACUGAAUGCCGAUGAGGGGAAGAUCAGGUAAAUUUUUUUUUGUGACAUAACUAAAAUCAUCCGCACCCUCCUUCCCCCUAGACGAUAAAUAGCGACCGUUCCCGGUUGUACAACUUUUCAACAACUGCAUUGAUCGUUGUCUUUGUUUCUGUUUAGAUGCUUGGAUACGGGUUCGUGUUCAGCUUCAAGAUUAGGCAUCGACUGGUGAUAUUCACGGCAACUCUUUGUAUCCUAUGUGUGAUAAUCUUCGAGGAGCUUCACUAUUUGGAAUCACAUCCACGGACACUUGUCCCUGUAAACAAAAACAUGGCCAGGCCGAGAUGUGACAUGGAACUUGAAAUCGGCCCAAUGUGCCCUAAGCUUUACACCGACCUGGGAGGUAUGUGUGAGAUGGGUAGCACAGGUAUCCUAUGUCCCGAUAUUCGCCACAAAGCGAACACUCCAUUGAGGCAAUCCCAGUUAGUGAUGACCAGAAUGCUACGAAUAUUUCAUCUUUUGGCCACAAAACACCGCAUCCGCUAUUGGCUAUCUGCCGGAACACUUUUAGGGGCUGCCAGACACAAGGGUUUUAUUCCUUGGGAUCAUGACGUCGAUAUAGAAAUGCCUUUGGAGGACUAUAUCAAAUUCUUUAAAGUAGCAAGCAGAGAUCUUCCGGAUGAUAUUUUUUUCCAGAAUUCCUUUACAGACACUAACUUACUGUCUAAUAGGCCUCAAGACGCAGUUUCUCCGCUUCACCCAGAAAUUGGUUAUUAUUUAAAUCCAAUGAACCAUCGCCUAAGAGAUAAGGCAAGUUGUUAUGGUUAUUGCCUUUUGUACGAUUGCAAGUGGCAUGACGGACUCAUGAUCGAUUUGUUUGUCAGUGAAAAAAGGAGUGAAGACGUUUUUCCACUAAAGGAAAUGGAAUUUGAAGGCUUCGUGUUUCCAGUUCCCAAAUCCUGGAAAGGAAAUUUAGAGGAAAAUUAUGGAGACGAUGUGCUUAAUAUACCCGAGGAAGCAGAGAAUCGAAAACCUAUCCUAAGGCCAUAUCCAAUGAAGACGUGUAAGACGUUGGCCCAAGAGACUGUUGAAUUUGAAUGA